UUGUACUAGUGUCCUAGUCAGUUAGUGUUCUAACGGAAUCGCCGCGUGACUGUGAAAGUGCGAGUAUACUAAAUAUUCUAUUCUUGUGAAACCGAACUUGGCAUUUACCUAUUAAGUCAUGUUUUCUGCAACUAGAAUAAGUAAUAAAUUGUAUCCUAAUACUAUAUUGAAAUGGAUUUCCAAUAACCUGCAGGAAGGAAAAGGCAUAGCAUCAUUAGCGUCACUAUCAGAAACACAUCAGUUAUUGUACAAAACAUGCAAAGAUUUUGCUGAAGGAGAACUAAAACCUAUAGCUGCAAAAACUGAUCGUGAAAAAUUAUAUCCUAAAAAACAGAUUGAAGAAAUGGGCGAAUUAGGCCUUAUGGCUGUUUGUAUUCCUGAAAACGUCGGAGGGACAGGUCUUGAUUAUUUAUCUUAUGCUAUAGCCACGGAACAAAUUUCUAGAUGCUGUGCUUCAGCUGGUACUAUUAUGGCCGUUCAAAACAUUUACGUCAACGCCAUAAACAAUUUCGGUAAUGAUAAACAGAAAGAAGAAUUCUUAAGACCGUUUACGAAUGGGAAGCAAAUAGGUUCAUUUUCAUUGAGCGAGCCAGGACUGGGAAGUGAUGCUAGCGCUGUUGCAACUAAAGCUACGAAAAAAGGUCCCAACUAUAUAAUUAAUGGAACGAAAUCGUGGACUACGAAUGGUUUCGAAUCCAAAGGGUUAGUCCUAUUCGCAUCCACUGAUAAAUCAAAAAAACACAAAGGGAUCAGUUGCUUUUUGUUGAAAAAAGAUUUUCCAGGGUUUUUCGUGGGGAAAAAGGAAGACAAGUUGGGCAUACGAGGAUCGUCAACGUGCGGUUUGGUGUUCGAAGACUGCCUCGUACCUGAAGAAAAUGUCUUGGGCGAGCUGGGAAUGGGUUUCAAGUACGCAAUGAUAACUUUAGACGCAGGACGCAUAGGGGUUGCCGCUCAAGGUUGUGGUAUUGCCCAAGCAUCCUUGGAACUAGCUGUUGAUUACGCAUCCAAAAGAGUUUCGUUCGGAGCGCCGAUCGCCAAAUUGCAAUCGAUACAGAACAAAAUCGCUGAAAUGGCAUUGAGAGUGGAGAGUGCCAGACUUUUGACGUGGCGCGCAGCUUAUCUGAAAGACUCGAACACAUCGCAUACGAAAGAAGCUGCUAUGGCUAAAUUGGCGGCGUCCGAGGCGGCUACGUUCAAUGCGCACCAGUGUAUACAGGUGUUAGGCGGCAUGGGUUACGUAACUGAUAUGCCGGCUGAAAGGUAUUACCGCGAUGCUAGGAUAACGGAGAUUUACGAGGGUACAUCAGAGAUCCAAAAGAUAGUAAUUGCCGCCAAUGUGUUCAAAGAGCACGGAGUGUAAACAAGAAUAAACGAGUUGAUAAUUUUUUGAAGAAAAAAAGAAUAUGCUUGGUAAAUAACCAU